GAGGGUCCUUGCUUCCUAAAUAUCCCUUUUCUGUUUUGUCGGUAAAGUCUUUUUCUUUUAUUAGUACCUCCUACCGAGAUACACAGCAAGUGUCUUCCAAGUGAGAGAUUUAAGAAUUUCACAGUUUUGUGCAUCAAUGGCCGACCACUCCCCUGAUUUAGACCAGCUCCUCGAUAGUGCUUUGGAUGACUUCCAAAAUCUCAACCUCAAGCCUUCUCUUCAAAGAGAUAAAGAUGCUACAGAGGCCAAGCAAGAAGAGCCACCCGUUUUGCCCACUGGGGUUCAAGGACUGGGCAUGGGCUUGCCCGACCUCAGAAGCAAGAAGAAGGGGAAGCAAAAGGUUUCCAAGGAAUCCCAUGUUUCUGAGGCUCUUGACAAGCUCAGAGAACAGACGAGGGAGACUGUCAAGGGUCUUGAAUCGGUGAGUGGUGCGAAACCCGGUGGAGGAGAUGAUUUGGGAAAGGAUGCUAUGAUGGAGGAUUGGGUCAAGCAGUUUGAGGAGCUUGCUGGCUCUCAGGACAUGGAAUCUGUUGUUGAGACCAUGAUGCAACAGCUUUUGUCUAAGGAGAUUCUUCAUGAGCCAAUGAAGGAGAUAGGAGAGAGAUAUCCAAAGUGGUUGGAAGAUCAUAAAACCAACUUGAGCACAGAAGAUUAUGAACGCUAUUCCCACCAAUAUCAACUCAUAAAAGAUCUAAAUGAAGUUUAUGAUAAUGAUCCUAGUAACUUCAACAAGGUUGUUGAGCUCAUGCAGAAAAUGCAGGAAUGUGGCCAACCGCCAAACGAUAUCGUCCAAGAGCUUGCUCCUGAUUUUGAUCUAGCUACUCUUGGACAGAUCUCUCCAGAGAUGCUCGAGUCUCAGUCAAAUUGUUCUGUGAUGUGAGGCAAUGCCUUCCAUCCUGUGGCAUGCCCCUCUAGCUGAUACUUUCUUUACCAUUGGAUAUAUCUAUUUUUUAGAAAUUUGUUAGAAAUAAGUUGGAUUCACUCAGAUCAAAGUUGUAUGCUCCCAAAAUGAUGAGGUGCUCAAUUUCAGAGCUUCAGUAAUGCAUCAUUUGAAGCUUGUAAAUGUCUGGCGGUGUAAUCUGGACCCAAAUUGUUGGGUUUUUAUAGGUGUUAAGUUUAAGCAAUUUGCUUGCUGUUUCUAUGGAAGAGCUCCUUCUGCA